AUGAAGAACUUCACGGAAUUCGAAGAAAGCUUGAAAAGUGUCGGAAUAGCUUGGUGGCAACGGCGAUGGCCACAAAGACAACCAAAUGUCCCUGGUUCACAUGAAACCUCACUAUUCCAAAGCAAACAAAGACACCCCCACAGCACACCAUCGUGGAAGCAACGUGAAAAAUCCAAUGAGGCACAGUGGCGUCCAUAUUCCUCAUUUCGGGAGAAUCGCGACAUCUGUUACUGGCCGUCACGCUUGCGUAUGAUCCCUAAUCGGCUUUUUUCUCUAAUUCUGCCCAAUGAGGCAAAGACGCAGACAACUUUGGAACAGUUGUCUGUAUUGUGGGGAUUGCGUGAUUUUUCAAUAGGAAUGAAGGCACUGAUUCUUGUUGGCGGGUAUGGGACUCGACUGCGGCCUCUCACUUUGACGCAACCGAAGCCUUUAGUAGAAUUUGCGAACAAACCUAUGAUGUUACAUCAAAUCGAAGCUCUUGCUACUGUAGGAGUAACCACUGUUGUUCUAGCAGUC